AUGAAGCAUGAUCAUCGAAUGUAUUACCAUCCAAAUAGAGUGUUCGUUUCAAAUGAAAUACCAGUGUUAUAUGAACCUGAUUUUGGUUUUCUUAAACUUGGAGUUUAUUCGACAUUAAAAGAAAUUACAAGACAAUUAACAACUUUUAUAUAUAUUCAUGAAUUAAAAUAUGUUAUAAAGAUCAAUAUAAACCAUCAUUUCUUCUAUGCCCUAAAACAUAUAUUUGGCAUUCAAUUGAACAAUGUAUUCCAUUAUUAA